GUCUUAUGUGUACGGCCGAGAGGAAUGAACUAUGGAAGGAAUGUGUAAGGUGGAUGGUUGAUAUGGGAGUACUCGAUCAGCGGUUAGCACCGACGAACUCAAUGCUGGAAUUUGCUACAAUGUUAAGUGCGUUCAAGUUCGGAAAGCGUCGAGAAGGGUUAUUCGACAUUCUUCGUUUCACUGUUCACAUGGUUAUCAUUUCAUUCUUUGAGAUGUUUUCCAGAGAUGGAGUCCUACUAUGUCGUCUGCUGAAUGAGUUAUCUCCGGAAUGUGUUGAAGAAAAGGAAAUCCAGCGACGUCCUCAUAUGUCAGAGUUCACCUGCCAUAAGAAUAUAUGCUUAUUCCUCGGUGCCUGCAAAACGCAUUUCCAUCUUAAACAAGAGCAGAUGUUCGAAGCUUGGGAGCUAUUUCGAUUACAAGAUUUCGCUAAAGUUCUAUCCGUGCUUUCUAUGUUAUCUUAUUCGGAAAUGGCAUUGCAGAAGAACGUUAAACCAUUUCCUUCCACAUCAAGUUUGUCGUUCUCUACCGUUCCCCCUCCCCGCCUGCAUCCUCCUCCAGAGGAAGAAGCUAUCUAUCGAAGCUUACAAGACGAUUUGGACAAAGUGGACUUAGGUGCUACUGUCUAUGACAUUUCUCCGUUAAAAAACGACGAAGAGGAACCACAGUUUAUCUAUGACCAUAUCGUUUGUCGAAAAGAUAGUCAACGAAGACAUGACGUGUGGUCAAGUUUCUCGCCAUCAUCAAAGCGGGAACACUGCAUGAAAGAGCUCCUGGAUACUGAGCAGAAUUAUGUCGAGAAGGCACUUAAUAUGAUUAUUAACAAGUUUUAUGAGCCACUUCAGAAGGUUUUUCGUGAGGCGGAUCACAAAUUAAUUUUCAUGAAUAUAAUGACCCUUUGGAACUUGCACCACUCGUUUUAUGGUGAUUUACGUCAUGCUGUGCUGAAAACCUUAGGUUUAAUUCAAUCUGGUGAAGGCCGACCGAAUUCGCUUUCAUUAGGGAACACCAUUGGAGAUGUUUUUGUUCAACACAAAGACAAAUUUAUUGCUUAUGGCCCCUACUGUAUGGGAUUGGGUGACUCGAGGGCUCGCAUUCUCGAACUUGAAAAAAGUGAUCCGGUCGCUAAAGCAAAAAUAUACGAGUGUACCUCGUCCGUAAACGACAACCAGUUCAAGUUACAAGACUUAUUGUGUUUGCCUAUGCAGCGUGUGUUGAAGUACCAUAUAUUGUUAUUGGAAUUGAUUAAAACGACCUCAUUCGACUCUCCCGACAGAAAGUCUCUCGAGUUAGCUAAAGAAGCAAUGGAUGACGUAAACUCAUACGUUAACGAGAUGAAGCGUGAUAACGAAACGAAACAGCUAAUUGUGGAGGUCCAGAACAGUAUCACGGAAUUAACGAUGCCGGAAGAUGUCACUCUCAUGGACUACGGCAGAUUGAAUGCUGACGGGGAAGUGCGGCUCGCUGAGUCGACGAAUCAACAAUUUGGGAAGAUGAAACAACGUCAUGUGUUUAUCUUUGACAAAGUUUUGAUUAUUUGCAAAGCUAAUAGAGUAGGGCCCAAACAAAUGGGUAGUAUUGUUGAUUUCCAGAACAAUACGUAUACCUACAAAUCUGCAUAUAUUAUCUCUGAACUUCAUCCUACUCUUGACAAUCCAAUGCCUGAUGUAAAGAUGGGAACAAUAUCUCGGUGGUUGAGAUGUUUUAGCAAGAUUGCCUCUACUAAUCAGUAUCUACUGUUUUUGGUACGAGAAGAACGUGCUUGCACUCAAGAUUCAGUAAGGUAUUUAGCACUAGCGUUCAAAGUGCUUCAACAGCGGGAAAAGUGGCUCCAUCACUUUGAGCUAGCUCGGGGUAAUGUCUUGCCAGAGCAAGUGGACGGUACGGGUCACAAGGUACACUACAAAAGCUUCAAUGUGGACGUACCGUAUAAAUGUGGAGUUUGCGAAAAAUUCCUCAAGGGCCUUUUCUUUCAAGGUUAUAAGUGUGAAAAUUGUGGAGGUUUAUUACAUAAAGGAUGUAUAGCAUUACGUCCGUGUGCUGGUCGACGUCAGACGACAUCAGUUUCCCACAGCAACUUGUCUACUAACGGGAUGCAGUGGAGGCAAAGUUGUCAUGGUCUAUCUCAUGGAGAUCAAGUUGUUGCUUUAUCACGGUACUCCGCAAACGACGCAGGAUUUCUGCAAUUCGAAAAAGAUGACAUCAUUGAGAUAGUUCAGAAUCACGGAAACGGGACCUUUUUGGGCUGCCUUUUGACUGGGAGACAGAAUAUUGGCUUGGUACAUAGUGAGCAUGUUCGCCGAGUUCGGGCGAACUCUGUGCAAGGUGUGAACUCUUCUCGAGAUAGUCCCAAUGCAUUUAGUAUUGAUCGUAAAGAGUCUACGGUUCUGCCAAGACGAAUGCUCGCUAAUGGAAUGACUCCGACUCCUCAACAAGACUAUGUGAACACCGAAGUUAGCCUCCAGCCGUGGUAUAUGGGUGAAUUAGAGCGUGCAGAUUCUGAAGCAAAACUGAAAGGGACACCAAAUGGAACGUUCCUCGUACGAUACAGCAAGAAUCGGCAAAGUUACGAGCUCGUGAACUACUACAGGGAAAACAACCUUUGCGAAAGCUUUAACUCGCUGAAUACGACUCUGAAAAAUGCGUACAGAACAUGCAAGUUGUACCGUGUAAUCCAUGACUUCGAUGCCACUGAGCCGAAAUUCUUAACGUUGCGUAAAGGUGACCGUUUGACGCUUGUAGACGUUAUAGGUGAAGAUCGGGGAUGGUGGAAAGGACAGAUAGCUGAUAGGGUUGGUUUCUUUCCGCUGAGCUAUGUUGAGCCUUGGAAAGAGUGA